AUGAAUUCUGAUUCCACCACCCAGUCUGCCAAGGACAUGGCCAGCUCUGCUAAGGGCUCCGCCCGCGACAUGGCCAGCUCCGCCAAGGACGCAGCCCGCGACAUGACCAAUUCGGCCAAGGACGCAGCCCGCGGCAUGAAGAACUCGGCCAAGGAUGCGGCUCACGAUACAAAGAACUCGGCCAAGGAUGCGGCUCACGAUGCAAAGAACUCGGCCAAGGACGCAGGCCACGAUGCAAAGAACUCGGCCAAGGACGCGAUGCACUAA